CUACUAUCAGGAUAUUCCGGAUCGCACCGUUUGAAAGAUGUCAGCUACAUUUUUCCCGUAGUCUUCCCGGGGAAUUAAGAGCCCUGGCAUGUCCAAGGGUCGGAGGAGCCGAGGCUCGGAAUUUUGUCACAAGCAAAAACCGGCCAUUUACAUCGCACGUUCACCUCCGAUAUUCCCCUAUACACGAGUCCUCCAUCUCUACCAAGUGCGGGGGAAGAUUCCCGGCUUCCCUUCUCACGGUUUAUAUUAAUGCCACCUUCCACCCCAAAGGCCGACUAUGCUAUCCGUCGCGUACCAGCGAGGCUUCUCUCAUAUCUCUAAAUGUAAGUACUAAAGGAUAGACGCUUAUGUAGGAUUCUGCGAAUGUUAUUGCCGUUUUUAC